UCUGGUCAAUUCAUCACUUCUCCAGACGGCACGCGUAUCUGGGCUGAUGCUGCCGGCACCCCAGGCAAACCGCCUGUCGUGUUCGUUCAUGGAUUCCUCACUUCGAGCCUGAACUGGGUUCGCCAGUUUGAUGAUAGGCGGUUGCUGGAUAGUCUGUACAUGACUCGUGGACACGGUCGUAGUGACCAGCCAGAAUCAGAGGAUGCUUAUGCCUCCGCUAGACAUGCAGAAGACUUUCAUGCUGUAUGCGCCGCUUUUGGAGUCACGAAACCGGUUGUCGUGGGCUGGUCCCUUGGCGGUAUCAUCGUGCCCGACAUCCUGUCUAGGUUCGGUACCACCCCGCUUCCCGUGGCAGGACUGAUUAUGUUCAACGCGAUACCAUGGCGCUCAAUGUUUCCGGAGAUCCUCACACCUUACUCUACCAAGAUUAUGCCUCCCCUAUCUUCUCUGGACCUACCCGGUUUUCAGACUGCACUCCAAGAGCUCAUCAGCGCCUUUUUUUCUCCGGGAUAUUUAGAGAAGGUUUGCUUCGAGGAGAAGUGCGCUUGGGUAGGUAGUGCGGCAAGUAUGGCGAAUGUGAAGAACACUGCGGCAAGAACGUUCUCGAUCUCGCGCACGCAAGAUGAGACGGCUUUGCUCUCUGUGUCGAAGGAGUUGCCGAUUCUCUGUGUCCAGGCUACGGGGGACAUGUUGAUGGAACUGGAGAAGCACGAGGCUUUUAUGAAGAAACACUUUGGUGAUAAUUUAGACUAUCGACGGAUUCCGGGAGGCGGGCAUGCGCCGUUCUAUGAGUUCCCAGGAAUUGUGAACCCGAUGAUUAUUGAGUUCGUUCAGCGUGUCUAUGAUGGCAGUAACCAUAAUCAAGUCUGAGGUAUCGAUUCUCGUUUGGAAGGUUGAAUUGCAUUAAAGUAUGGUCAUUUAGGUAUAUCGCGAUAUGCAGACUACGUAGACGUCCAUUUAUGAUCAUUAACUCCGUCUUCUAAUUUGAUUUUUGUUCUGCGUGUGUAUACUCGACCCAGCCGCUGUGUAAGUAUUCAUAAAUUGAUUGUACCGGUC